AUGUUCGUAGACGGCUCUGGGAAGCGGUCAGCGAAAGGUAUCCUGUAUUCGAGAAGAUGUUGCUUCGGCAUAAACUCACCACGGAACUACAGUAUACGAUCACAGCCGAGUCAUCUCGGCGAAUCCAUUCCUCCGCCGUUCGUUACUGUACGCUCCCACCUCUCCUCCGGCUAUGCAGCACGGGCUGAGGGCUCCAAAGCUCUGGGCUCGCUCGCAGGCUUGCAGCACUGCAGUGUAGGAGAGGCUCUGCGCAGGUAUGCUAUGCAGCAAGAGAUGACGUGUAGAUAUGAGCUCCAAACGCGUCCUGUGUCCCAUUUUCUUGCGCCUCCUCAGUCUACGCUCUUCCUCUGGCAGCAGUACAUAGCCAAGUGUAUCGAGCGCGAAGUCGUCGACGGAGCGACGCACACAUACUGCCGCAAGGUGCUGCGCCAACCAGUUCAGCACGCAGACUUCAGCAUUAUGCAUUCGGAUCGCUUCCAGCAUGAGAUUCAGAAGCCCGGCGGCUUGGUCGAGGGCCCGACGGUGGAUGUGCAGAUGGCAGAGCAGCAGGUGGCGGUGCGGCACGAGGGAAUGGUGGUCUAUAUCGAGUGGCAGACCAGAUACACGGUGAUUGCUAAUGACUUUGCGCAUGGAGGCACUCCUCCGGUGGACUACUCAUGGCCCAACCGGCUAUGUAUCGACUUCUCCGCUGUGCUCAAGGGCAGCGGGGGUCCUGAUGUCACCGUGCCCCUACCGCAGCCUACAACAACUCCGCCAAACUCUGCUGCUUCAGUCUCCGCCUCCGCCUCCGCCUCCGCACCCGCUCCCGCUCGCGUAUAUCCAGCCAAUCCUUAUCCACCAUACGCGGCACCGGCACCACCACCACCACCACCACCACCACCACUAGCUCUAUGCCUGCCCGGGCCUGCGCCUCUACGUCGACGACAAACUUCACCUGCACUGCAUCACCCAGCGCCGACGCGCAACCACCGCCCUCAGAACACUCCUCACUCCCAUUCCCGCCCGACCGAUCACGGCAGCGAUCUCGACGAUCAAUCUGAGAGUGACGACGCAGCUACUGUGCGCUCCAGCCAUCCCCCUCCAAAAGCUGCAAAGCCAAACAAGAAAGAGCUUAAGCGGAUGAAGGCCCAGUACAAUGCGUACAAGGCUUUGCUCGCGACUAACGAAGCCGCGGAAUCUGAGGUAGAAGAUGGUCGGGGGCCAAUACUUGUAUGCAUAAGUAGAACUAGCUGGAACGAAACCAUUCAUAACUUCUGCGUCUCUUCUGUAUCACCCUUGGUCCUGAUAGCACACAGUGACACUGUUAUCCGUGAUACAUGGCUCUUCGAUGGAGUCCUUAUUGACAGCGAUGGCGAACCAUUCAAGCUAGAGCUUGGAGGAGUUGCUUUUGCACCAAACUCUACUUGCAACCUACUGACUGGCAUAGGGAGCUGGCGAAUUCUCAAGAAAGGACUCUACCAUGUCGACAAGCAUUGCACAGGCACAGCUACCAGAUGUGAAGCAAGAACCACCAGUUGCUGCCAUCUCAGCCUAUAUCGCAUGCUUAGGCUCCUAAAACACAGUACAGGCAUGGACAUCACAGCGGAACAGAUCAAGCGCAUGCAAGGAUCCUGCUCGUGUCCUGUGUGCAAAACUACCCGAUCCAUUGUCAAAAUCCCACGCGACCUAGCCAGUCGUCGUUACGAGAAUCUUGGCGGACUCAUCUACGCAGACAUGUGGGCUCCCUCUCCAGUAAUUGGAUGGGACAAGACCAGAUACUUCUUGUUUGUGACAGAUGAUGCUAAACGCUUCACUUGGUCUCUCCGUCUCACGUAA